AUGCCUUCUCGCAGAUGCUAUACACGGGUGCAUCUUACGCUUGAUCCAAAGACUAUGAAAGCUGCCCGAGUAUUGCUUAAAGGAAGAUCUGCAUGGAAAGGGCCCAGCGUGGUUCCUUUGCCUAUUGCCAACGCCGUUAAAACUGGUGCUCCCAUCAGAACCAACGCCAGAUCUUGCACGAUAUUGCCCCAGUUUGUUGGGUUGAAAUUCCAGGUCCACAACGGUAAAGAAUACGUUGAAUUUGAAGUGACCGAUGAAAUGGUUGGUAGCAAGCUCGGUGAGUUUUCCAGAACGAGGAAACCUUUCAGCUACAAGUUCUCGAAGAACUAA